AUGGCAAGAGCGUGGCUCGUCUGCGCCUCUUUCCUCGCAAUGGUGGCGUCGGCACACGGCAUAACGCGAGGAGACUUUUUCCCUUUCGGUCCGAGCGCGGGAGACCAAGAGUUAGACCCAGGCGAUGACCUCACACACAAACUUGAACUGGACAAGCCUGUGCUCUUCUUUGAUGGAACUUUUGACAAAGUUUUUAUCAACACCAACGGCUUCAUCGCCACAGCGGAGCCCAAACGGGAGUCGACCUACAUUGGCAAAUUGCCAGCCCCCUUUGGCAUGAUCGCGGUUUUGCACGGAGAUUUGGACACGAGCGAUGCGAAGGGCAAGGUUUUCUUUCGUCAAGACAGCAGCCCAGAUGUGUUGCGUCGGGCUGCAGAGCACAUCAAUAGGGGCUUCCCGGACGACCAGGAGGUCAAUCCAAGCCACGUGGUGGUCGUCAGCUGGGUAGACGUUGCCCGCAAGGAGAAUGACAGCUUUGCAGACAGCAUCGACAAGAAAAGAAACACCUUCCAACUGGCUAUUGCAGCAGUGGGAUCUUCUUCAUAUGCUAUCAUGCUAUAUGCCACCGACGGCAUACAGUAUACUAACACCCCCGUAGGGAAGAAAAGCGUCAUCUUGCAUGCUGGUUUCAGUAAAGGUUUGGUGCCAGGUUUCUUUUUUUCCAGUCAAGGCCCCUAUUACCGCACCACUGAUGAUGAAGACACAUCAAUCAGUGCUUUAGCAGAACAGACAAAUACAGGCCUCAGAGGGGUUUGGGUGUAUGAGAUUGGAACAUCACCGUAUUUUACCAACGUGGCUCCAGGAGAGGUGAGCCAGCUGCCCACUGAGGCUCCUUCUCCCGCAUCUGGUGACACAGAAGAAGCCCCUGAUACCAGGAGGAUAGUGUACACUAAUGGCCAGCAAGUGGAGUACCCUCCUUUUGAACCAGAAGAGGGACAGAUCGAAGUGGAACCUGUUCAGUACCAGCCGAACCAACCAAGCAACCCAGAAGUGGUGGUGGUCGAAGACACUGUUAUAAAUGUCAAUGUGUUCUCAUACAACCUUGGUACAUGCGCAAACAACAGGAAUAAGUGUUCACAAUUUGCUGACUGCAAGGACCAUACCAGUGGAUACUGCUGCCACUGCAGGCCUGGUUUCUACGGCAAUGGGAAACAAUGUGUGGCAGAAGGAAAGCCUCAGAGAAUGAACGGUAAAGUGCACGGACAGGUGUAUGUGGGAAACUCUCCCACUCCAGAGAGAUUCAACAGCAAUGAUCUACACUCGUAUGUGGUGGUGAACGACGGACGUUCUUAUGUAGCCAUCAGUGACAUCCCUCAGAGUCUUGGACCCUCUCUGAUGCCUCUGUCAGCACUAGGAGGUGUGAUCGGAUGGGCCUUUGCUCUAGAGCAACCCGGCUUCAAAAACGGCUUCAGUAUUAUUGGCGGAGUGUUCACUCGGCAGGCGGAGGUGACCUUCCUUCCUGGGAAUGAAAAACUGACGAUCAGGCAGGAAUUUAAAGGCAUCGAUGAACACGACCACCUUGCAGUGAGCACCACACUGGAGGGCAGAGUCCCAGAGGUACCUCGGGACUCCACUGUGCAGAUCGAGCCCUACUCUGAGAUCUACCAGUACAGCAACAACUUAAUCACCUCAUCCUCCACACGGAAGUAUGUGGUCAACUUGCCCGACGGCUCCAAGGAUGACACGAGGACAUUCCAGUGGCGUCAGACUAUCUCCUUCCAAGGUUGUCAACAUGACGAGUCUGCGAGAGACAUGCGACCCACGCAGAUGCUCAGCGUGGAUCAGGUCUUUGUCAUGUACGACCCCAACAAUGAACUAAUCCGUUUCGCCAUGAGCAACAAGAUCGGAGACAUCAACGGAGGAAAGCCAGAAGAGAAUCCGUGUUUCACUGGAAGACACGGCUGUGACACUAAUGCUGUUUGCCGACCCGGAGACGGGACCCAGUUUACAUGCCAGUGUGCUUCUGGCUUCACUGGUGAUGGACGCACUUGUUACGACAUUGAUGAGUGCAGACAGAAUUCCGAGAUCUGUGGUUUACAUGCUGUCUGCAACAAUCAGCCUGGCACCUUCCGCUGUGAAUGUGUUGAUGGAUAUCAGUUUGGCAGUGAUGGCCACACAUGUGUUGAGGUGAGUCGACCCGUGGACGCAUGUGAAGAGGGUAGCCAUACCUGUGACAUUCCUGAGCGUGCUCAAUGCAGCUACACUGGAGGCUCCUCAUAUAUCUGCUCCUGCCUACCAGGCUUCGAAGGCGAUGGAAGAGUCUGCCAAGAUAUAGACGAGUGCCAGCCCGGCAGGUGCCACCAGGACGCAGUGUGCUACAACACCCAGGGGUCCUUCACCUGCCAGUGUAGGCCGGGUUACUACGGUGAUGGCUUCUAUUGCUCCCCAGAGCGGACAAAAACGCAAUGCGAGAACCAUCGAGACAGUCUUCUCGGUGUGACUGAGUUUGGACCCCGGGGUCCACGACCCCCGGUUGGACAGUACGUCCCCACAUGUGAUGAACACGGGAACUACGAGCCCAUGCAGUGUCAUGGCAGCACAGGGCACUGUUGGUGCGUGGACCGAAACGGACAGGAGAUUCCAGGGACGCGGUCUCGGUCUGGCAGUAGACCCAUGUGUAUUGACCAUGGUGAGGUGAAACCACCCAUUGGACCCACCCCUCGACCAGAUGUAUACCCCCUUCCUCCUGGCACACACUUGUUGUAUGCCCAGAGUGGUAGGAUAGAGCAUGUCCCGCUGGAAGGCUAUGACAUGAGGAAAGAAGACGCCAAGCCCAUCCUUCAUCUGCCUGAGAAAGUGGUCAUUGGAGUGGCCUACGACUGUGUGGACAAGAUGAUCUACUGGACGGAAAUCACGUCUCCUUCAAUCAGCAAGGCCAGUAUCCAAGGGGGAGAGCCCGUGACAGUCAUUCGAUCAGACUUACAGAGCCCAGAGGGGAUCGCAAUCGACCACUUGGGACGAACCAUGUUUUGGACUGAUUCUGUGACGGACCGCAUCGAGGUGGCCUCGCUUGACGGCUCUCAGCGACGUGUCAUCGUAGACUCUGGUCUGGUCAACCCUCGUGCUAUUAUUGUGGACCCUCCAAAUGGUAAUCUGUACUGGGCCGACUGGAACCGAGACGGUCCCAAGAUUGAGACAUCUUACAUGGACGGAUCCAACAGACGAGUGCUGGUGAAAGACGAUCUAGGCCUUCCCAAUGGUUUAACCUACGACGCCCAGAGCUCUUUGCUGUGUUGGGCGGACGCUGGCACACAUAAAGUGGAAUGCACCAAUCCUGUCCGAGGUGAUCGCAGACAAAUCACGGAGGGCAUUCAAUACCCAUUUGGUGUUACGUCGUUUGGAAAGAACAUCUACUACACUGACUGGAGGAGGGACGCUGUGGUCGCAGUGGAUCGCUAUACUGGGAGGGAGUCUGACGAGUUCCAGCCUCAGAAACGCUCUAAGCUAUAUGGGAUCACCACAGCCUACGCCCAAUGUCCUUCAGGACAAAACUACUGUGCGGUGAACAACGGCGGCUGCACUCACCUCUGCUUAGCAACGCCCAGCGGUCGUUCCUGCAAGUGUCCCAACAAUGCAGUUGGCGUGGGCUGUGUUGAGAGGGACAGCGGUUAUUGA